AUGGCGCAGUACAAGGGCACCAUGCGGGAGGCCAGCCGGGCCAUGCACCUGAUCAAGAAGCGGGAGAAGGAGAAGGAGCAGAUGGCGGUGCUGAAGCAGCGCAUCACUGACGAGACCGUCAUCAAGUCAAAGGUGGACAAGAAAUUCUCGGCUCAUUACGACUCCGUGGAGGUUGAGCUGAAGUCGAGCACAGUGGGCCUGGUGACCCUGAACGACAUGAAGGCCAAGCAGGAGGCCCUGCUGCGGGAGCGGGAGAAGCAGCUGGCCAAGCAAGAGCAGCUGGAGCUGCUGCAGGACAAGGAGCGCCAGCGCGAGCAGAAGCGCAAGAUCUCCUGCCUGUCCUUCACGCUCACUGACCACGACGAGGAGGGCGACGAGGCAGGUGCGGACGAGGCCAGCAAGUCCAAGAGGAACCUGGGCAAGAAUCCCGACGUGGACACGAGCUUUCUGCCCGACCGGGACCGCGAGGAGGAGGAGAAGCUUCUCCGGGAGGAGCUGCGCAAGGAGUGGGAAGCCAAGCGCGAGAAGGUGAAGGGCGAGGAGAUGGAUGUGACCUUCAGCUACUGGGACGGCUCGGGCCACCGGCGCACAGUGCGCAUGACUAAGGGCAGCACGGUGCAGCAGUUCCUGAAGAGGGCGCUGCAGGCGCUGCGCCAGGACUUCCGCGAGCUGCGCUCGGCCAGCGUGGAGCAGCUCAUGUACAUCAAGGAGGACCUCAUCCUGCCCCACUACCACACCUUCUACGACUUCAUCGUGGCCAAGGCCAGGGGCAAGAGCGGGCCGCUCUUCAGCUUCGACGUGCACGAAGAUGUGCGGCUGCUGAACGAUGCCACCAUGGAGAAGGACGAGUCGCACGCAGGCAAGGUGGUGCUGAGGAGCUGGUACGAGAAGAACAAGCACAUCUUCCCCGCCAGCCGCUGGGAGCCCUACGACCCUGAGAAGAAGUGGGACAGGUACACCAUCCGGUGA